GCCUGUGAUGCCGGGCCUGGUAUCCGCAGUUUGGGCACUUGAGUGCAGGUGCUUCGAGGCCAGAGUAUAAAGGGCUGUUCUACAGGUAGAUCCCUACAGGUAGAUCCGACCGCUCUUCCAAGAAGACAGCAACGAGACUGGGAUGACUUCAGAACAAGACUGCGGUGGGAAUCUUCGGCCCGAACUGCGUGAAAUCAUCCAAUCUCUUUUGGAUGCGGUUGGCUACGUCUCGCCUCGCGAGAAGAUGGAGCCCACAAACUUGAUUGAGCGCAUCCGCAACGCUUUGAACGUGAAGAUCAGAAGCAGCUACCGAGGGACGGAGGAUUGUGACCUAGAUGUGGAUUCGAUCUCAAAGAAGGCGGCCUCAGUCGUUGAGUUCUUCUACUUUGACCAUGGCUUCGAGCAAAAGAUGUCGUUCGGGCUAUAUGCCUGGUGCGUCAGCUGGCAUUUGCGUCGCUGUAACUAGGGUUCACCUCAGUUACCACCGCCAACCCCCCAUAUAGACCCCGCGGGGGUACAGGGGGCAGCUGGCCAUUUUGGG